CAUGAAGAACUCUGCGCCAUCGUAUCUGGGACUGUUUCAGCGUACUGUCCAUGGUUCGUGAUGCACUGCCUUUGUUACGGAGCAACCUUCCUAAUUGAGAUCAUCUUUAUAUCUGAAUUAGAACUAAGGUUCUUCAGAAAUCCCCUACAACUUGUUUCCACCACUUUAGUGAUCGUAUGGGGUUUUUAUUUGUUCAUGUUGCCAUGUAUAUGCGCGACCUACAUAACAGAUACGUGUGGAGGAAUCGCUGCCCGUGUCAAUGGAACUACAUUUAAAGACUGGCACGAAGAUCAUCCAUUUAGGGACCGUGCCAAAUUGAUAAUGUUUACAACCUAUGCGAAAGACAGACAGUGUGUUUUUAAAGUCGGUAGGAUAACAUUCACACCGACACUGGCAUGGAUUUCACUUCUCCUUGGAUCGACUGCACUCCUCUUCCAUUUCUUUAGUCAGUAAGUUGUUUGUGAAUGUGUACACUAUAUAGCCUUAUACACUGUAGUCACAAUUAAAGCCCAUUACCACGCAGGAAAAGAAAUAGCGGACGAUUUCAUAAUUUUAUUUAGUGAAAAUCAUGUAGUAAAUUGAUGCUCGAGCCCACUUAAAGCUUUAUUUUGGAACGAAUCGAAUCUGGGAAUUUUCGAAAAAGUCUAUAACGUUUAUUACUACGUCAGUUCUCUGCUCAUGACUUCAGUUCUUCCCCUCACUCUUGUCCUUAUAUGUUGUAUACAACUAUAUAUAGUUCAAUGCGCCAUCAUUGAGACGCCGUCACCGAUGACGUCCAGUUAGUAGACAACGUUCGCGAUCUUCUUUGAGGCUACAUGCCAACGAGGCAACGACAACCACAAGUACGAAUAAGUCCCCCUGCAAGUUAAGCACUCGCCACAUGCUUUACACGCGCCAACAAUUUCAGCUAGCAGAUUCAACCUGCAUGGACGGUGCUCCUAUAUUUCACGGUAACCGUCAUUCUACCAUAAUUCUUCCUGCAUAUAUGCAUGAAGAGAACUAUUUUAAAAUCAAUUGGAUGUUGUCAUGUUGAAAACUUAUGUACCCAUGCGACCAGUCCAUUCUAACUAUUCCAUUCUAAUCUGUCGUUUCAAAUCCGAACCGUAAACUUGCUAAAUUGUAGCCACCUUGUCCUUGAGUCUUGACAUGAGGGAACCUUCAUUGAUUUAAAGAACAACCGUAAAUUUACAGUAAAAUGUUUUAGCUCAAAUAGAGCAUCAAACUCUUUAAUACCGGCCAUGUGUGGCCUGCAUGUUUCAAGAAAAUGAAUUUUUAAGAUAAUUUUUUACGAAUGUAUUAACGUAUUAUCAUUAAGAGCUUUCUAUAUAUUUUACCAAAUGUAAAAAUUAUUAGACCUUUCCGCACGCGGUGCGUGGGUUUUGCGUGGAAAGAUUUGAUUGCCUAAUUUGGAGCGCGGAAAAAGUUCGGACAAGCAAAACAUUGAAAACAAUAUAUUUUACAAGCUUAACAAUGGAUAUCACGACAAUAACAGAUGAAACCUUGGACAAUAUGAAGCAUGUGUGUAAUCUGAGAAACUUUCGCCGCGUGCGGAAAGGUUU